AUGAAGAUAUUGAUGUCAAAUAAGAGGCUUGUAGAUGGUGAGACCAUUGAAGUGACCUACACCUAUAGUGCCAUCGUGUCAAAUGCCAUGGAAGAGAAAAAGAAAGACCCGUGUGCUUUUACCAUCCCUUGCACCACUAGGAUCCACAAAUUUGACAAGACAUUAUAUGAUCUUGGCACUAGCAUAAAUUUGAUGCUAUAUGUGUUGUAUAAAAAUCUUGGGAUGGGUGCUUCUACAUCCACCACCAUGAGAUUAUUGAUGACAGAUCGCUCGAUUAAGAAAUCAGUUGGAGUGUUAUAUGAUGUAUUGGUAAAAGUUUAUAGAUUUAUUCUCCCGAUGAACUUUGUUGUCCUUGAUUAUGAAAUAGACCACGUAAUGGCCAUAAUCCUUGGGAGACCUAUCUUGGAAAUCAAAAGGGUGCUAGUUGAUAUGGAUCAUGGAGAAAUGACAUUUUGGGUGCAUAGUGAUGGAGUCUCAUUUCGAGUAUGCAAAGCUAAAAAGAUACCAAGUGGGUUACAAGUGGUCUCGGUUAUUGAUGUUGUUGAUAAAGAAGAGGAUUUUAGGUCAUCUCAGCUCAAAUUCCCAACUUGA